AUGGUUUUUGAAAUCAAACAAGGAUCGGUGACCGUUGAUGAAUACGAGGAUUUCUUCCAAGGUCUUGAGAUCAUGAAUCAAAAAACCGAGCAGGAUUUGAUUAAAAUCGCUCGUGAAGGAUUGAAGGAAGAUGUCCAUGAGGGUUUGGAAUCUGAAGAGUUUGCAACUCUUCAAGCACUCUUUCUAGAAGCAGCCGCAGUGGAAGAGAUACUGGAGAUGGAAAAUUCUCCGGAAGAAAAACCUCGCAGAUGUAAGAAGAGGAAGAGCAGCUUAUUGGACCCGGAAGAUGAACUCCCCUGGGACAAACCGCAACCUGAAGAGGAGGAAGAGAGUGAAGAUGAAGAGUCUGACGACGACUGGUCGUAUGAAGGAGAUACGAGGGUGGAAGUUAAGUACGACGACAUGGGUUUUUCCACACCAGGUUCUGUCUCCGCCGCCUCAGGUACCGUAACCGACGAAUCGGAAUCUUUAACAGCCACGAACAGCACUGCCGAUGGUGACUCACUCGCUGACUCUAGCGUCUCCUUUGCAAACAUCGUCACCGAGAACAGCGCUGCCGGUGGUGGCUCCGUCGCUGACUCUAGUGUCUCCGUCGCUGACAGCGUCGCGGACAACAGUACGGCCGGAUUAGGUUCCAUUUCUGGCUCCAAUUCAACCGGAAUGGGCUCCAUCUCUGGCAACGUCGCUGACUCGAGCCCCUCCGCCGCUGGAUCCAGCUUCAUCUCAAACUCCUUCGCAUACUCUGGCGCCGGUAAAUGCUCAGCAACCUCAGUCGUCUCCAAUCUCUAG